UAUACUCAGUGGUGUGUGAUUUUAAAUCAUCUUCAACAUUAUGAUGAUAAUCUAAACGAUAACAUUCAACAGAUAAUCCAAACUGCUGGUGCUAGAAAAUGUUGUUAUUAUCUGUAGAAAUAUAACAAUUUUGCAAAUUGGCAUUUUGAACCUAUUCUGAUAUAUUUUGAUUUUUCCCUUCCCGCCGGCUCUUGACGGUUGGUUUUGGCACGUGCAGUUUUUUCUCAGUCGGUAUUCCUAAAAUAUCGAAUUUCUUUCCAAAAGUUUAAUACUGAUGCUGACUGUUGGAGUCAAUUAUUUCGAUUGUUAGCAGUGUUUAACAAUGUCGCCUUCCCCGAUCCGAUGCCGCGGGCCGUGGAAAAUACAUAAACGUUCUUCUGAGCCCGACCGUUGGCUCGAUGAAAUGGGGUUUUUUCGAAAGCAUACGGCCCGCGACUCAAGUUGUCUGUUUAGAGCCGUGUCCGAAAACGUUUAUAACACUCAGCGAUAUUUCCAUAAAGUGCGCCUGGACUGUGUUCAGUUCAUGGCUGCUCAUCGCCACCUCUUUGAAGGGUCAUUGUCUUGUCCAUUUGACAAUUACCUUAAAGAGAUGUCUAACCCAUCAGAAUGGGGUGGUCCCAUUGAGAUAUCGGCCAUGAGCCAUCUUUAUAGACGUGAUUUUGUUAUAUUUGAAGCUAACAAGGGUCCUCAGACUAAAGUCUGUAACGGCUAUGGGAACACCACUUACCUGUUCUACUCCCCCGACACUAAACAUUUUGAUGCCGUUUACACUAAAGAUUUCAUUAAUGCAUCAUCCUUCUGUCAGUCAUUGGUAUAUGAAAUACUAUAUGACGGGGUGUACCAACUCAAAGACCUGCCAUAUGCUGUAGAUAAAAUGCUACAUGAUAAGGUCCCCACCAACCACAUAGAAUACUUCAUGUCUGAAAAUGUCGAACGUCGCAAAAAACAGAAAGAGAGAGCGAAGAUCUUUAUAGAAGCGCCGAGCGAGGACGACAAGGACAGAAAUAAUAAUGCACUGGCUCUCAAAUGUAAACACCACACCCAAGACUUGGAGAGAGCCAGUCUCCUGAAGGAGUCUCUGAGCAUCUUCGUCUUCAACCGCAGUCUCAUCCAGCUCGAGAACGUGUGCAUGAACUGUCUGAAUGUGAAUAGCGCCAAGGACCUCCUGGAGAACGGCAUCACGCCCUUCCCCUACAAGGUGGCCAAGGCCCUAGACCCCGACAUAUACCGCAACAUAGAGUUCGACGUGUGGAGCGAGCUGCGGAGAGAGCUCCGCUACGGUGCGAGAUACUGUGACGGUACCACCUUGCAAGUCGGCGUCAAGUGUCUAUGUAAGCUGGACUCCGACCAGUCCGCGCCGUACCACUGCCACAUACAGGAGAUGCGGCCGGACGGGCCCUGCCUGGUCUUCGUCGAGGAGUUGGGCGAGAAGAGGCUCGUGAACUACGACCAGUUAGAGCCCCUGCCGGUAGAACAGAUCAAACCCUGGGCACCUCCCUAUAGAUACUCUCGCACGAACUCCCAAAUACUUAACUUGAGCCAAAUGUUGCAGCAAAUAGGCAAUAUCACACGAAAGCAAGGAUUGAGGGCAAAGAAGACGAAGGAGGAGUCGGAUAAGGGUCAGAGAGAGUCCGGAAACGAGAAGGAGGGCGAGGGUCAGGAGUUACCCCUCUACUGUCAGAGCGUCUACACCUACCCCCACACGGACUAUAUCAAUUUCCAGCCGAUGCCUGUUGAAGUAAAAGCACUUCCCCUGAUGGUGGACUGCCGGCCGGCGGGCGCUCCGCCCCACGACAUGCCCCACAACAACGGGACCGGCGAUAACAGCCAUCAGCAGGCUCCCAGUGGCGAGCUGGUGUCGCACGCCCGCGCCUCCACUCCCGCCGCGCCCACCUACCAGCACGCCUACAACGGUGCGAUGCCAUCCGUUCCUCCGGUGGGCGUGGGUGGUGUGGGUGGCGUGGGCGUGGGCGGUGUGGGUUACUGCGCUCCAUACGGGUGCGGAAUGAAGUCUGUGGUGUGGUGCGCGCCCCACGCGCCUCCUCCUCCUCCGCCCGGCGUAAACCCGCACGCCUACAAGAGCCUGCAGCCCAGCGGCGCCGACCUGCCCAUGAACGACAUGGCCACUCUGCGGUUCUACUUCAACGUGGGCGUGGAGUGCGUCUGGGCGGCGUACGGUGCGCCACAGCCGCCCGCCCAGCCGCCUCAGCCGCCCGCCCACAGACACUACUCGCCGCGCGAUCUGGCUCAGGACAUGGCCGCCGUCUCGCUCGAUCACAAGAAGGACAAGCCGCCGCCGCUCAAGGGGAACCCGCAGAGACCACUCGUAGGACCGAGGUUCAAACGCAACAACAACCAGGAUGGGAAUCCGAACAAGGGGCACAACAACAACAACAUGCCCAACAAGGGUCCCAAUAACCGUCGCAACUCGCACGUGGAUGGUCGCGUGCAGUACAUGGGCGGCAUGGGCGGGGGUGGCGUCGGCGGUGUGGGCGUGGGCGUGGGUCUGGGCGAUGAGUGCGUUGAGCCCCUGGUGCCGUUCCCCUACCUGUACCCUCCGCCGCUGUACUCGGUUCCCUACUACCCCAUCGAUUCGGAGCCUGCUAUGAUGGGCAUGAUGAGCGGCAUGGGCGGUAUGGGCGGCAUGGGCUACGUGCCGUACGAGGAGGGCGUCGAGUACGCCCCGGUGCAGCCGUUCUACCCGCCGCAGUUCGCUCCGCCGCCUCACGGCAUGGGCCCCGCGCCCCCGGCCGCCCCCGCGCCGCCCGCGCCGCACGCCCCGCACGCCCCGCCCGCUCCUCUCCACCAUCAGGAACACAAGUAGGCGACCGCGAGUACCUUCACACCAUCGUGACCGUGGAGCAGCUCCAGGUCACAUUUCCACGACCCAACAUGUAUCCUAUAAGGUUUCUGACAUAUCUUUUGACGGUGACAUUUUGAAUGGAACCAGCGACUGGUAACUCUGACGAGGUGGAUGUCCUCUUGUAAGGUUUUGUUAUACACAGUGUCACGUGUCCUUCGUCUGUCUGUCAAUGACACUAAAAGACUGAUUAGUAACCAGCCGGUGAAUCCAGCAGCCGCAGGGGGAGGAUGUGUGUGUGUGCGUGUGUAUGUCUGUCUGUGUAUCGUGUCCGUUGUCCGUGUCCGUCGGUGUGUCGAUGUACUUAAUGAAGCUCUAUGUUAGUGUCUCCGCAACCCCCGCGUCUUCUCUCUGUGAGGUCUCACCCGGCGACAUAUCUCGGGGUCACCCUUUUUGGUGGCCUUCUCUCUCUGACGUUAUCUCUAAGUGUUCAUCGGUGCUGCGAAAUUGCUAGGUCGACAGGGUUUUCCAGGUAUUGAUGCAGGGUUCGGAAUAUACAGUAGAGGUAAGGCGCUGUGAACUCCUCGCGUGUCGUUAUAGCUCGUGCCGGUAACAGCCUCGUUCCGAGUCGGCGCCGGGUCGAUUCGGUUCGUCAGACAAUUGCUCAAAAUGGAGACGAAGACUGUUGUCAGUAUUCAUUGUACAGUUGUUAAGUGUAUGUAGGUAGCCCGUCCCCGUCCCCGUGUCGUGUCGUAUCGUGUCGUGUCGUGUCGUAUCGUGUCGUGUCGUGUCGUGUCGUGUCGGGUCUGCAUGUUACACCAUGGGUCCGGACGCCGUUUCCAGGCCUGUGGGCGUGUCGUCGAUCUCAUGUCUCCGAGUCCGUGUGCCAGGCUCUGGUAGUGUUGGGUGCCUCCUGUCCCAUGAGAUGGGCGAGAGGCGAGCUGGUCUCCGCGUCGAUACAGCCGUACCCCCGACCGUGGGAGAGGACACACCCUGUGCAUCUUCUCGCCGCUCUGUAACGUGUACAUUAUAUUCGCUUGUGACUCUCUAUUGUUAGCGUGUAUGUUUUCGUGCUGUGUAAAAUUUUUCCAGAUGAUAUUUUUGGAAGGUUUAUAAAAGUUUUGGCUGUGAUUCGGACGCAAUUUUGCAAUUUUGAAAGUUAUCGUCCGCCGCCACCACGUUGGAAAGAAGCGAACGCGCUCAUAGCGACCCUCGCCCCCCGGACGCGAGCCUGUCGUCGAUAGGAAUGUUUUUAUUUUUCAUAUCGCAAGUGUUCCGUUGCCCGGAGAGACGGCGGAGUCGGCCCCGGCCCGGGCCCGGGUCCCCGUGAGCGCGUUCGCCGUUGAGAAGGGUAAAUUUAAUGUUUCUAAAUUUUCUAUAUCUGAUUCUAUGUCCUUAUAGUCGUAUGUAGGUGUAUGUAUAUCUCUCAUAUUAUGUGACCUUUAUUCCGCCCAACGUUUCGACCCGAGCUCUAGGUGGUAAGUGUCCGUGUACUGAGUAUGUAAUCCUCCGUUGUUUGUACAGUGCGUUGUUAAAAAAUAUAUAAAAAACAAGAAAAAAAAUCUAAGUGUAAAGCUAGUACCUCGUGGUAGGUGUGUGUGUGCGUGCGUGCGUGCGUGUGCGUGCCUGUGUGUGUGUGCAAGUCGAGUCCGGUGUUUCAGUAUUAGUUUUAAAUCUCUAGGGGUUAGUUUUUAUGUUAGUCGUUAAUUAUUAAUAUUUACUUUAAAUACUUUAGUUAUUUUUUUAAGUGUACCGUCAGUAAGUUUGAAUCUUGUCAGCGCCGCGGGUAUUAAGUGACUUAUCUCGGAUAGUGUAAUUGUUUCUCGUGCCAAGUCUUAGUGUACUUUUGUACCGUCGUUCCAUCGAACAAAAUUGUCCGUCAUAUCACAAGUUGCCAAUGUAAGUGUAAGCGGUACGUCCUGAUGGUUGUGCGAAGCUCAAAGCUAGCGCGAGGUCUGCCUUAGACUCUUUGUAUUUUUUUCCAAAUUCCAUCGAAUAAACUGAUUUUUCUAUU